AUGGGGAACUACCUGUCAUGCACGCUGGCCAAGACGCCGGGUGGGAAGGGCGCGCGGGUGAUCCUCCCCGACGGCGUGGUGCGGCGGGUGUCGCUGCCGGCCACGGCGGCGGAGCUGAUGAUGGACGCGCCGGGCCACUUCGUGGCCGAGACGCGCCACGCGCGCGUCGGCACCCGCCUCGAGGCGCUCCACGCCGACGAGGACCUCGAGAUGGGCGUCGUCUACGCCACCUUCCCCAUGAACCGCAUCGGCACGAAGCUGGCCGCAGCUGACAUGGCCCGCCUCGCCGCCGCGGCCACGCGGGAGGCCCGCCGCUCCGCCAAGGUGUCCUCCGUCGGGGUCGGGGCCGCGGCGGCGACGGCGGCUGCACCAGAGCCGGCCAUCACCUUCGUGCCGGCCGCGGAGGAGGCGCCGUCGCCGAGGGCGCGGCUGGACGAGAUGGUGGACGACGCGGUGGCCGCGGAGAUCGACGUGCUCAAGCACCGGCUCAGCAGCGCGCGCUCCAGGCGGCCCAACCUCGAGACCAUCCACGAGGAGAAUCACCUCCUGUGCAGACGCUGA